AUGUACAACGGACCGAUCUUGCGUAAUUUCGCAAUGUCGCCCCACAAAUCCGGGCAGACAGAGGCACUUGUAACUCCCGGGCAGAUCACGGCAGGCUGCUCCGUUCCUACACAACGGCUCGACAAAGCUGGCGUCUGUCCGUUGGUAGGGCACCUCGUGCUCGAGUCCUCUGCGGUACCUGUCUUCGGGCCGGCGACUGGUUCCGACCGAAUCAGCAACUGA